CUAAUUAUUUCUCUGAUUGUCUUGUUCCCUUGAUCCCGUACGGAUACUUUGUAGGUAGUCGUCUGAAGACUUGUCGGGACCUUGCUAGUCUGGUGACCGCCAAAUCUUUUUUUUUCUGCUUCUCUUCUUCGGAGUUCUCUGUUCGCGAGGUAACGAUGUGGAAUGAUUGAGACAACAAGGCUCCAAUGAGUUGUAAAGAAUGUCGUGUCUUGGUCGGAAGCGAGAGGCCUAUCGACUGCAAGUGGCAUGUUUCGGCGGAUUGCCAGGUUCAAAGUUGCGUCGCACCCCACGACAGCUCUACCUUACUCCCCUAACGUGGAGGCUCCAUAGAGGCAGGCGGGAGGACAGGCGACUGCUCCCGGGCCAUAGAACUGGAGCUGUGAGCAUCAGGUUGGGGCGUUGGGGCAUAAGGCGGAGAGAGAGACAGAAAGAGCAUUGGCUGCCUCUGGUGUUGUUUAACUGGAGAAGGUGGUUUCCAUCGGAUCAGGAACGGAAGUUCGCACGCGGGGGAGAAGGCAGUAGCUUCGCAUUGCUUUGCCAGGUCAUGCCAAAGUUGUGUUGUGCGAGCUUCAAGGUUGUGAGCUGUGUGAGCUGUGCGCAAUGCGCUGUGCGUUGGUCGAAUGAGCGAGACCAUGAGGGGGUUGUCAACGGCAAGCUUGGGGAACACUGCGCGAGAACCUUAGUACAUGAUACUCCGGAGCGAGUUCACAACCGACGUUGCCAUAAACCUGUUGUUUCUUCAUUGGAGCUGCAUGCUAGUCGAUGCAGAGAAGCGCGAGGGGCAAGGAACUUCGAGGAAUAGGUAGCAAGUACAGAUACAUACAAGGACGAAGGAAAAGAAAUGAUGAAGAACAAAAAUAAAAGAAAUCCCCGAAGGACGGUUCUGCUGAUCG